UCGUUGAUGGCUGAUGGAUGUGUUUGAGAUUUUGUUGAAACUGUUUAACAACAAUUAUGGAUGAUGGCUACUAGGCGUUCGGUUGUUCCCAGCGCCAGUGAAAAUUCUCAUAUAUGUGAUAUUGGUCGAGAAUUAUUUGAUGCUUGUCGAUAUGGUGAUGUGUCUCGAGUUCGUAAAUUAGUUACCCCACAAAAUGUUAAUGCUAGAGAUGCUGCUGGAAGAAAAUCUACACCCCUGCAUUUCGCUGCAGGCUUUGGGCGUAGAGAUGUUGUCGAACAUCUCCUUCAGAAUGGAGCCAAUGUUCAUGCCAGAGAUGACGGUGGCUUGAUACCUCUGCACAAUGCAUGUUCUUUCGGACAUGCUGAGGUUGUUCAGUUACUUUUAAAACAUGGAGCAGAUCCAAACGCUCGUGAUAAUUGGAACUAUACGCCUCUCCAUGAAGCAGCCAUCAAAGGAAAAACGGAUGUUUGUAUUGUUCUGCUACAGCAUGGAGCAGAUCCUUCAAUACGUAACACUGAUGGUAAAACAGCUUUAGACUUGGCUGAUCCUUCUGCUCGAGCUGUUCUCACUGGAGAAUAUAGAAAAGAUGAACUUUUAGAGGCUGCUCGCAGCGGUAAUGAGGAAAAGAUGAUGGCUUUGUUAACACCUCUCAAUGUCAACUGCCAUGCAAGUGAUGGAAGGAAGUCUACUCCAUUGCACUUAGCCGCUGGUUACAACCGAAUUCGUAUUGUCCAAUUGCUUCUUCAACAUGGAGCUGAUGUUCAUGCCAAAGAUAAAGGGGGAUUAGUUCCUCUGCAUAAUGCUUGUUCAUACGGUCAUUUUGAAGUCACUGAAAUAUUAAUAAAACAUGGUGCCAAUGUGAAUGCUAUGGACCUGUGGCAGUUCACACCCCUACAUGAAGCUGCAUCUAAAGCUCGUGUGGAAGUUUGUUCCCUACUUCUUAGUCAUGGCGCUGAUCCUACAUUGCUCAACUGUCAUUCCAAAAGUGCACUUGAUGUUGCAUCAGCACGAGACCUUUCUGAGCGACUCUCCUAUGAAUACAAAGGUCAUUGCUUAUUAGAUGCUGCUCGUCUUGCUGAUCCAGCUAGAGUGAAGAAGUAUCUCACUUUAGACAUCAUUAAUUUCAAACAUCCAUUUACUGGAGAAACACCUCUUCAUUGUGCUGUUAAUUCUCCAUAUCCCAAAAGAAAACAUAUUGUGGACAUUUUCAUCAGGAAAGGAGCAAACUUGAAUGAAAAAAACAAAGAAUUUUUGACACCACUUCAUGUAGCUGCUGAUAAAUCUCAUUUUGAUGCAUUGGAUGUUCUUUUAAAACAUGGAGCUAAGGUCAAUGCAUUGGAUGGACUUGGGCAAACUGCUCUUCAUAGGUGUGCUAGGGAGGGAAAUAUUCAAGCAUGCAGAUUAUUACUUUCGUAUGAUGUUGAUGCAUCCAUCAUUAGCUUGCAAGGCUACACUGCUGCACAAGUUGCAAAUGAAAGUGUUCAAAAACUCUUAAGUGAACCUACAACUGUUGGGAUCGACAUUGAAUAUCAACUUUUAGAAGCUGCUAAAGCUGGAGAUACUGAAGUUGUUAAGAGGAUUUUGUCAGCUCAUUUGCCUGUAGUCAACUGUAGAGAUGUUGAUGGUAGACAGUCUACCCCGUUACAUUUUGCUGCAGGAUAUAACAGAGUUUCUGUUGUUGAGUAUCUACUUCAACAUGGAGCUGAUGUGCAUGCAAAAGAUAAAGGUGGCCUUGUUCCUCUACACAAUGCAUGCUCAUAUGGACAUUAUGAGGUUGCAGAGUUGCUUGUUAAGUUUGGUGCAAAUGUAAAUGUUGCUGAUUUGUGGAAAUUUACUCCAUUGCAUGAAGCUGCUGCAAAAGGAAAAUAUGAAAUUGUUAAACUCUUGCUUAAGCAUGGAGCUGAUCCCACAAAAAAGAACAGAGAUAACCACACACCUUUAGACUUAGUUAAAGAAGGAGAUCAGGAUGUUGCAGAUUUGUUAAGAGGUGAUGCUGCAUUGCUUGAUGCUGCAAAGAAAGGAAAUCUCAGCAGAGUCUUAAAAUUAGUUUCUUCUGAAAACAUUAAUUGCAGAGAUUCUCAAGGUAGAAAUUCUACACCCUUGCAUCUUGCAGCUGGUUACAACAACUUAGAAGUUGCUGAAUUUUUAUUAGAACAUGGAGCUGAUGUUAAUGCUCAAGAUAAAGGUGGCUUAAUACCUCUGCAUAAUGCUUCCUCAUAUGGGCAUUUAGACAUUGCAGCCCUGUUGAUUAAGUAUAACACAGUGGUUAAUGCUACUGACCGAUGGGGAUUCACUCCUCUUCAUGAAGCUGCUCAGAAAGGGAGAACACAACUUUGUGCACUGUUGCUAGCUCAUGGUGCAGAUCCAACAAUAAAAAAUCAUGAAGGACAAACUCCAUUUGAUUUGGCAACUGCUGAAGAUGUGAAAUGUUUGCUUGUUGAUGCUAUGCCUCCUCCAACUUUGCCACCUACUACAAAAAGUAGUGCUAUUGUAACUUCUGUGAUACCUGUUGUUGUUACUUCUAGUGUUCCAACUCCUCCUGCGAUCUCGAAUAUAUCUGUUGUUGGAUUGGAGGAUGACAUUCCUCUUUCACUGAAUCUGCUUUCUUCACAAAAGAUUCAGUCCACUUCAGCUACUGGUUCUCAACAUGGCGAUGGUUGCAUGGACUUUGACAGAGCUGAAGCUCCAGAUCCAACAAUGGAAAAUAUUGGAAUUUCUGGCUUUCUGUCAAAUCUUGGGCUUGAUCAUUUAGCUGAAAUAUUUGAAAAAGAACAGAUUACACUUGAUAUUUUGGCAGAAAUGGGCCAUGAAGAGUUGAAACAAAUAGGAGUCAAUGCCUAUGGUCAUCGACAUAAGCUGUUAAAGGGCAUUGAAAAAUUAUUUACAGGCCACAAUGCAGCAUCUUUCAUGCCAAGUAAGCCUGGAACAUUGCUAGUGGAGCUUGGUUUGGAGGAUAAAGAAUAUCAAGCAGUUGAUGAAGAAAUGCAAGCAACCAUUAGAGAACAUAGAGAUAAUGGCCAUGCUGGUGGCAUUUUCUCAAGAUACAAUAUUCUGAAGAUUCAGAAAGUUAGAAAUAAAAAACUUUGGGAAAAGUACUGUCAUAGACGUAAAGAAGUUGCAGAAGAGAAUCACAGUCAAUCAAAUGAGCGAAUGCUCUUCCACGGAUCUCCAUUUAUAAACGCUAUUGUACAAAAAGGAUUUGAUGAACGACAUGCUUACAUUGGCGGAAUGUUUGGUGCUGGAAUAUAUUUUGCUGAAAAUUCUUCCAAAAGCAAUCAAUAUGUAUAUGGAAUAGGGGGUGGAACUGGUUGCCCUAUACAUAAAGAUCGUUCAUGUUAUAUUUGCCAUAGGCAAUUACUUCUGUGCCGAGUGACUUUAGGAAAAUCAUUCCUGCAAUUCAGUGCAAUGAAGAUGGCUCAUGCACCACCUGGACAUCAUUCUGUGAUUGGCCGUCCAAGUGUUGGUGGACUGUCCUAUCCUGAGUAUGUUGUGUAUCGAGGAGAACAGGCAUAUCCAGAAUAUUUAAUAACAUACCAAAUAGCAAAACCAGAUCCAGAGCCAACAUCCUCUUCGUCAUGACCUUUCAGAAAUAUAGAACUUUGAUAAAUUCAUUAUUUAAUGUUAAGUGUAAGAAUAUUAUGAAUUAUUAAAUCAUUUUAUAUAUAUCAUUGC